AUGGCCGCCUUAUCAAGGGGCUUCGCCCUCCGGCUGCCCCUCCUCCCACGAACCCUCGCCCAACGACCCCUCCACCCCGUCUCCCGCUUCACGACGAGCACAACCCUCCGCUACGCCAAACCCGCGCCCAAAAAGUCGCCGAUACCAAAGACACCCUCCUCCUCCUCUUCCUCCCCCACCACAGCCGCAGCCAUCCCCGCAGCAAAACCUCACGCCCCCGCGACCGCCCAGCAGCGGCAGCAGCAGCAGCAGCAGCUCCUCCAGGCCACGAACCCCGCCGCCAGCCGCCUCCUCCAGGCCAUCGCGGCCAAGGGCACGCCCACCCUCCUCUACGAGGCCGGCUCCCACUUCUGGAUGAAGCUGUCCACCUGGGGCGCCGCGACCAUGUUCUACGGCUACGCCAUCAUCAACUACGGCUUCUUCCGCGACUUCGUCGCCGAGCGCGCCGACCAGCUCGGGCCCUGGGUCACCUGGGCCUUCAUCGGCGGCUGCAUCGCCACGACGGGUUUCGGCUCCUACUUCUUCCGCGCCUCGCACAACAUCGUCAAGAACAUCCGCGCCCUGCCCACCGCCAAGAUCCCCGCGGGCGAGCUGCCGCGCGGCAUCGACCCCAAGACGACCCCCGUCCUCCUCGAGAUCAACGUCAAGCGCAUCCUGCCGGGCAUGCCCAAGAGGGUCGUCGUGCCGCCGCACAGGGUCGUGGUUCCGUACAACGUGUUCCAGCCGCUGAGCCCGUUCAAGCCGUUGCAGAAUAUGAAGGCGGAGAAGGAGAAGGAGCGGAAGGAGAGGAAGGCGGCGCGCGAUUACGACCGGGAGCACCUCAUGACGGUGCCGAUCCGGCACGCGGGACGUGGCAUGAAGUCUGCGUGGUUCGGGAUCCAGCGGGCGUUGACGAAGACGGGGUUCAUGAGGAUAGAAGCUGGGGGCAUGAAGAUGAAGCUGGAUGUCGCUUCGGGGUGGGCGCUGGACCAGGGACGGGCGAUAGACAGCUUGGUCACCAUUGAGAAGAAGUCAAGGACUUGA